AUGUUGUCUUCAAGAAUUGGUGCUUUGAGAACUUUGGCCGCCCCUCUUGGGGUCGCCUCGAUGAGAACCUUUAUGUACUCCGCUGUUGCUUUCGCCAAGUCAAGCUCGAGGGAAGUAGAUGGUAUCAGGAGUGAGAAGAGAAAGGUCCUGGACUUGACAGCUCAGCUCCGCAAAGAAAAGAAAGUCUUGAGAGACUUGGUCAAGGCUCACAAGGAAACUGUCAAGAACCACAAGAAGCUUAAUAAGGAAAGAGCUGCCGAGGAUAAGGCAUACCGUCCUGUCAAACACAUUAGCGGGUUGAACAUUUUUGUCAAGGAGAACGCUGGUAAUGGUGCCCGUGUGGACGAAAUUGUGCCUCGCUGGACAUCGCUCUCGGAUAGCGAGAAGCAGCUGUACGCCAAGAAGGCCGAAGAACGUAACCAGCAGCGUAUCAAGCUUUACACACCAAAGCCAAAGAGACCUGCAAACGCGUACUCCACUUUUGUGAGGGAGAACUGGUUCGAUGGUGACAGUUUUAUCUCUGUGCUGAAGACCUUGGCUAGUCAAUGGAAACAGUUAUCUAAGCAAGAGAAGGAAUCGUAUGGUAUCAAGGAUGACAGUAUGGAGAAGUAUAAGCAAGCCUUGAAGGCUUGGAGGGAACACAGACUUAAGGUCUUCCGCGAGCAUGGCCCUCCAUAA